AUGCAUGCUUAUGAGGCUCUCUACAUGACAGGGGCUGCAUGGUAUUGUAAAACAUUAAUGGAGCACUUGAAGCUGAAGGAGAUCAAUGAGAUGAAGAAGAAACGAACCUUCACAAUGCCUAGGAUGAACCUUGGAGAUUUGGUUGAAGUUCGGUAUGAGAUAAGUCGGAGCAAGAAAACGUUUGGGACCUUUCAGGGUUACGUCAUACGAACGGCUAAUAAGCUGCUAGACAGUACUUUCACACUGAAGAACUCUUAUGAUGGCAUCACAGUGGAGCAAACAGUUGGGGAGUUCAUAGGUUCAGCUGAUGGAAACGAAUAUAUAUCACUUGCAUUGUUGCCAAUGGUUGUAGGUGUAAUGAGUCUGGAGCCGCGACUAGGAAGGGAACUAGCUUUACUGAGACGGAGAUACAAUAUGAUGAGGCUAGAAGCCGGCCUACCUCCGUACGUCUGGGCAGGACCUUAUCAAAUACAUCAGCGUAUGUCGCGAGAAGGGAAGGCCGAGCAAAACCGCAGGCAGUUACUGUACGCAUACGACGAGCGACGUAAGAGAGCUCUCAAGAAGAAGCUGCAACGGAUGAAAGUGAAGUGGGGCAUUUACAAGAUUGACAAGGAGCCGAGAGUUCCCGCGGUCGACAGGCUGAUGGCCUACCAUCCCUUGACGCCCCAUAAUUUGCCUAAGUAG